UGGCGGAAAAGAGAUUUUACUAACUUGCAAGGAACGACAACUCUCUAAACAAUGGAUUAUUUAUCACACUGCCAGCAACCGUGUUCACCGGAGUUUUAAGCUUAUAUAUAUAUAUAUAUAUAUAUAUAUAUGUAUAUAUGAUGAGGAAACAGAUUUAUCAAAUGACAAUAACAAGAAGGAGUGAAAUGAAAUAAGAAGAGAAGGAAGUGCCUCAAAAUGCCUCAGGUUUUACUUGAAGAAACUCACCGAAACCUAACAUAUCAAGAAAACAAACAUGAUGAUUUCCUUCUCAUUGAAGUGGAAGCAAUUCUCCGACACCCAGACCCAGCGAAAAUUACACUGUCCCCACCACUCUUCCCCAAAGGUGGUGAUGUUUACCUUUACAAAUCUGGUCCCCAUGACAGAAGAGUCAAAGAUAAAUACUGGUGGGUUAACAGAGGGAACAACUUCCAUUCAAAAAGUCAAAAGCGCCAUGCCAUUAUGAAGACCUACUUCAGUCUAAAAGACAGAAAUGGCAGCAAGAAAAGUGAUUGCCUUAAUGGAUUCAGGCGCCACAUCUACCGCCUGGCGGAUGCAAAAGAUGACAGGAGAACAUUAAUGCUUGUACACUAUCUUGGAGAUGAGAAACUACACACAGCUAUCCCUCAUGGUAACAGCAAGCACAAAAAAGGUCAGAGUGAGAGCAGCAGCCAUCAAGUAAAGACAAUGCGAAGCAAUGACUUGGACACAGCAACAAUGACCGCCUCCUUACAGAGUUUGAAUGCAGCUAAAAAUGAACUGAGAACCCCCGAUGGUGUUGGAAGCCACGGCAAGAUUAUAAAGUCGCCAAUCAACAACUUGAAGCAACCAAGUUUUACCAUUCAAACAUUAAAAGACAAUGGCAGUUCAGAUGAUUUGAGAAUCUGUUUGGAGAAAUUAAAACACAAAUCGGCUAAUCACUCUGAACUGGUAGAAAGCAACUUAUUGACACCAACAAAAAUAAGACGAACAGAUGGAAACACUUAUAACAUUCAAGGCACCUUGGCCCUUGCACAUCAUCAUCCUGUGAACCAAUCUAAAACAGCUUCUCAACUCUGGACAGGGGAUAACAAACAAAACCAUUCUCAAGUCCAUUCUGUGGUACCAGUGUCCCGAACAAACACGGCCCUGUUGGCUUCUGUUUUACCGAACAAAGACAAACCCCAAAUGAGGAUCCAGGAUGAACGUAUUAAAAAUCAAACAGUUUUCCAUAACCGACACCAGUUGAACAUGUCAUUCCAACAAAGGAAAAAGCUGCAGCAGUUACAGAAAGUAGACAAUUCUCUUGCAAGUUUGAUGCCAAGGUCUUUACAUGCUGCAGAAAGUUUGUCUUUCAAAAACCUCCAAUCUUUGGGUCUAAAUGCCAGCCCAGAUGUUCAUCUCAGUAAAAGGGGUGUAAAUCCUUCUGAGCACCAGACUUCUAAAAAUGGUUGUGCAGAUACAGUGAAGCAAUCUAGUCUGGUGAAUUGUCCGGAAACUGAUUCCAGAUUACAAAUAGACUACAUGAAACUGUUUGAAGAAGCUUCAAAAUUGCCACAAAUGGGUUGUGAUGUGUUUGUUCUUGUAUCAUAUCCUGGCUGUAAACCAGCUUACUGGGGCACCAAAAAAUAUGUACAGAAAUUUGAAAAUUCUGAGUGUUUGCAGCCUUAUGUUGCUUCAAAUUGUCUUUCUGUGAAGUUAAAAGACUCUUCUUUGUCUCCUAAAAACUUGAAUCAUUCUGAAUCAGAAACAGACAAUAGACUUGGUAAAUUAAGAAUUUCAAACUCAGCAAAUAAUAAUAAAAGUGUAGUGACUCUGAAGAAGGAACCGAUGGAAGAUGAUUCUCCAGACAAUAAUAACAGAAUCCCAGAAGUCACAAUAAAAGACGAAAUCCUUGAAGAUGUAAUUAUUAGAGACUCUACUGGACUUGCUAAUGGUAACCGUGACUUAACAGAAACUAUAAGGAACUCCGUAAAUGGAAUUAACAAUUCCAGGGGGCAGAGUUUACAAAAAGACAAUACAUUUAAAAAUUCUUUGCAAAGAACUAUAGAAGAACAGUACAAAUCCAUGUACAGAACACAAGAGAACUCAAUGUCCUUUGACCAAAUUAUACCUCAGACUAGCAGAAGGAAAGACAAGAGAUCCGUUGCUGAUGAGAUGACAUGUCAUAAUAAAGAUACAAAAAAUAUUGGGGGGAAUUCAAACGGGACGUUAUCAACUCCAGUUUAUGUCAAAAUAGAAUCUUUGGCUGAUGAUCUUGAAAACAGAUAAUAACUUUAUGGCAGUGUGAUAGACUGUGUCUAAGUUUAUCAUAUUGGUGAGGUGGAGAGGGGUUUUUAAAUGUACUAAUUUCCAUUAUUUCCCUUUGUAAAGGCAGAUCAUGUAAUAUCUGUGAAGCACAUUAAAUACUUUUACAAAUAGCAAGUUAGUGUUAACGUUUUUAAUGCAGGGAGCAUUCGAAAGUUAAUCAGAAAUCAUCAUCAUUGUUCGAUCGUGGUCAAGACAAUGGAAUUUACUAUGUUAUGCCAGACUUUACGGUCCAUCAUAGCAUUACGGAGGUCUUGUUGCUGGAUGCCUGUAUCCCUGGAGAUU